AUGGAAUCAGAAUCCAGUGAAGUUCAAGAUAGCGACGAAGAAUUCCUCCCAGUAAUGCAGAAAAAAUCGUUAGAUAUUCCCGUUCCCGAGGCCGAACAUGUCUGUCCAGUGACAAUAAUGAAACGACAUCGACCGCAAUAUGGCCACAUGGGCAAUGGAAGUUAUGUUGAAGUUCAGCAAGAUUCAGAACACAGCUUUGAGGCCACAUUUGUCGAGUGCACCAACGGUCAUCAUAGACCGUCAUGUCAUGGAAUCGACGUUUUCACGUAUUCAUCAGAAUGUGUCACGUUGUACGAAUGGCGAACAGCUUUCGUGCGACUGCCGGAAUCGAAUGUUAAUUUCGUUCCUGCUAUGAUCAAGGUGGGUCAAACGUCUUCCAUUAAAAAAUCGUUAGAUAUUCCCGUUCCCGAGGCCGAACAUGUCUGUCCAGUGACAAUAAUGAAACGACAUCGACCGCAAUAUGGCCACAUGGGCAAUGGAAGUUAUGUUGAAGUUCAGCAAGAUUCAGAACACAGCUUUGAGGCCACAUUUGUCGAGUGCACCAACGGUCACCAUAGACCGUCAUGUCAUGGAAUCGACGUUUUCACAUAUUCAUCAGAAUGUGUCACGUUGUACGAAUGGCGAACAGCUUUCGUGCGACUGCCAGAAUCGAAUGUCAAUUUCGUUCCUGCUAUGAUCAAGGUGGGUCAAACGUCUUCCAUUGUAUUCCAAUCGCUUGCCAGUGCCGAUUAA